AUGCGGGGCUCCGGGCCCCGCGGUGCGGGACGCCGACGGACCCAGGGCAGAGGUGGUGGCGACGACGCCCCCUGCAUCCCAGCCUCUUUGGCAGGCUGUUAUUCUGCACCUCUUAAGGGCCCCCUCUGGACGUGCCUUCUCUUGUGUGCGGCGCUCCGGACCCUUCUGGCCAGCCCCAGCAACGAAGUGAAUUUAUUGGAUUCACGCACUGUCAUGGGGGACCUUGGAUGGAUUGCUUUUCCAAAAAAUGGGUGGGAAGAGAUUGGUGAAGUUGAUGAAAACUAUGCUCCUAUCCACACAUACCAAGUGUGCAAAGUUAUGGAACAGAAUCAGAAUAAUUGGCUGUUGACCAGUUGGAUCUCCAAUGAAGGUGCUUCCAGAAUCUUUAUUGAGCUCAAAUUUACUCUAAGAGAUUGCAACAGCCUCCCUGGAGGACUGGGCACUUGUAAGGAGACAUUUAACAUGUAUUAUUUUGAAUCUGAUGAUGAGAAUGGGAGAAAUGUUAAAGAGAACCAGUACAUCAAGAUUGACACCAUUGCUGCUGAUGAGAGUUUUACAGAACUUGAUCUUGGAGACCGUGUCAUGAAACUGAAUACGGAAGUCAGAGAUGUAGGACCUUUGAGUAAAAAGGGAUUUUAUCUCGCUUUCCAAGAUGUCGGUGCUUGCAUUGCUCUGGUUUCUGUGCGUGUGUACUAUAAAAAAUGUCCUUCUGUGAUAAGACACUUGGCUGUCUUCCCUGACACCAUCACUGGAGCUGAUUCUUCACAGUUGCUAGAGGUGGCAGGCUCCUGUGUUAACCAUUCUGUGACAGAUGAUCCUCCCAAAAUGCACUGCAGUGCUGAAGGGGAGUGGCUGGUUCCCAUUGGGAAAUGCAUGUGCAAGGCCGGAUAUGAAGAGAAAAAUGGCACCUGCCAAGUGUGCAGACCUGGGUUCUUCAAAGCCUCUCCUCACAGCCAGAGCUGCAGCAAAUGUCCACCUCACAGUUACACCCAUGAGGAAGCUUCCACCUCUUGUGUCUGUGAAAAGGAUUAUUUCAGGAGGGAAUCUGAUCCGCCCACAAUGGCAUGCACAAGACCCCCCUCACCUCCUCGGAAUGCCAUCUCAAAUGUUAAUGAAACUAGUGUCUUUCUGGAGUGGAUUCCGCCUGCUGACACUGGUGGACGGAAAGAUGUGUCAUAUUAUAUUGCAUGCAAGAAAUGCAGCUCCCAUGCAGGUGUGUGUGAGGAGUGUGGAGGUCAAGUCAGGUACCUCCCCCAGCAAAUCGGCCUGAAAAAUACCUCUGUCAUGAUGGUGGACCUACUUGCUCACACAAACUAUACCUUUGAAAUUGAGGCAGUGAAUGGAGUGUCCGACUUGAGCCCAGAGACCCGGCAGUAUGUGUCUGUAAAUGUAACCACGAAUCAAGCAG